AUGUUUAAACAACGAUUUAUACGUGAAAUUCGUAAAAAUUCGAAUCUUUUAACUCGUUUAAAAGAACAAAAAUUUCCUCGAUUGCCAUUAUUGUAUAAUAAUUAUUAUGAAAAUGAUAAUAAAUUGUCGGAUUCGAAUGAAAUCUCAACUGCAUAUUUCUUUGAUGCGAUAAUUAAUGCUAUAUCACCUGGACCACUUGAUAUUCCUUAUUUGUAUAAUCAGUCUAUAGGUCAUAACGUAGAACAUAAAAUAGGUGAUAAGUAUAAAUCGGAUCAGCAAUUUGGUUCAUCACCAAAGUAUCGAUACAAUACUAAUAAUAAUAAUGAUUGUUCAUCGUUCAUUUGCCCAAGAACCGCUAGUAAUGUUGAUUCUGAAAUAAAAACAAACUUGAUUUUAAUAAUUUUGAAAAGAAAAUUUUUGAAAAAUUUAGCAUAUAUUGCAACGCCGACAAAUGUACGCAUUGAAGCGAUAACAAAUAAUUCGGUUGUUGUUCAAUGGGAUUUUAUUGAUAAGAACAAUAAUAACGAUAAUAACAUCGAUGGUUUUAUUGUUAAAUAUAUUCAUGAACCAAAUUCGUUACGUGAUGAUAAUAAUCAGUGGAAAUCGUUAUCAGUCAUGGAUUCAUUUGCUAGGCAUUUAUAUAUCGAUAAUUUAUUAUCAAAUAAAUCUUAUGCAUUCUGUGUUAUUGCUAUCAAACAAAAUCGUCAAGGGCCAUGUAGUGAUCCACCGGUGAUAAUUGAUCGUAUCACACCUAUUCAUAUGAUAUCGAACUUGUUAAUUUCAUGGAAAACAAGUAAUUCGGUGAUGUUAAAAUGGGAAUAUAAUGGUCCACAACGAAUUGGAUUUUAUGUUAAUCAAACUGGGCGAAAGGAUUAUUUGGAUCAACAUUUACAACUUAAAGGAAUGAUAUCGCCGGGCUUCCGGCAAGAAUUAGAUGGAAAUCAGCGCGAGCAUUUGUGGACAACACUGCGACCAUAUAUGGAAUACACAUUUCACGUAGGUGUUCGCGAAUUACCACCAUCGAUUAAAGAAUAUUGGCCACGAGAAAUUAUUGUUAAAACAGAUCCUGCUGGUCCGCCAUUUGUAGAUAUACCUGAAUUUAUUGAAUCCUUCGAAACUAGUACUGCCAUGAUUAAAUUAAAAUGUGCUAGCGAAGAAUAUGGUCCCAUUAGUCAUUAUUGGAUUAUUGUCGUGCCAGGAAAUUAUACUCAAGAUGACGUACUCAAUUUGGAUUCAACAGCAUUGCAAAAAAGUACAGCGCUAAUGAGACCAAGAAGUUUUCAUUCAUCGUCAAAUUCUCAGAAGGAAAAUCCACUGAAUUUUGAGAAAGAAAUCUCCAAAACAAAGCGUUUUAUUUUUAAUACGAAUUCGGUGAAUGGUGCGUACAUUACGGCUGGAAUUCCCGUUCUUGAUAUGCGACAAAUGCAGAGAGAUAAUCGGCUUUUUACACUUGGUGAUGGACAGAUAUAUGAUGGAUAUGAGAAUUGGCCACUGAAUAGCAAUGUAAAAUAUCGUUUGAUGAUGCGAGUUUUUGCAAAGGAUGAUCACAGUGGAAAUCCAGAAAAAAUGUUUGAAUAUCGUGCACCAAUUCAAAAACCAGUGGCAAAGCGAUAUUCAGAUUCGAUGUUAAGCGAACCAUUCUCAACUAAAGCAGCUCAAAUUCAGUACGGUAAUACUCGAGCUUCGAAUUUAUGGCUAAUUGCACCUCUGAUUGCAGUAAUGGUUAUUGCACUUAUUGUUGGGAUGCUUGUUAUAUGGGAGAGAUUGGACCCUCUUAGGCGCCCUGGUUCCCAGGAAAGGUGGCUUCGUUGCAGUCGUAAAGGAUCAUCUCAUACAACCCAUCGUCAUGGGUCUAUAACAAAAGUCGCAUUAACUGGUAAUGUACCUAGUGAAACUUCAAAGUUAUUAGUAUCUAAUGAUAUUUAUGGUCGGCAAGUUGUCAGCCCAUAUGAUCAGAUGAAUGGUAAUGGUAAUCCGAUAAUGGAAUCGUCAGUGGACAUGUAUUCGUCAAAUCAAGGCCAUAUUAAUAACUAUAGUGCAGUGCCAAUACCAAUGUCGUUAAUACCGUCGAGUGGCGGUGUUAUUGGUGGUCAUACAUUGAAUCAUCCUCCUGUUCCAAUAUCUGAGCUUGCUGCUCAUAUCGAAAAGCUUAAAAUGAAUAAUAAUUUGCUUCUAUCACAGGAAUAUGAAAGUAUCGAAACAGGUCAACAUUUUACAUGGGAGCAUUCAAAUCGAGAUAAUAAUAAAGUGAAGAAUCGCUAUGCAAAUGUUGUGGCUUAUGAUCAUUCUCGUGUUAUACUUAAUACUAUUGACGCAAUACCCGACAGCGAUUAUAUCAACGCCAAUUAUAUCGAUGGUUACGAAAAGGCAAAAGCCUAUAUUGCUACUCAAGGGCCAUUGCCUGAAACGUUUGCGGAUUUCUGGCGAAUGGUUUGGGAAGAGAAUUCAGUUACGAUUGUCAUGCUAACGAAAUUAGAGGAAAGAUCGCGAAUUAAAUGUGAUCAAUAUUGGCCAUCACGUGCAUCGUCAACUUAUGGAAAUAUUCAAGUAGCUUUAUUGGAUACAUUAGAAUUGGCACAUUAUACUAUUCGUACACUGCGAUUACAAUGUCGUGGUAGUAGUGAGUUGCGUGAAGUGCGACAUUUACAAUAUACUGCUUGGCCUGAUCAUGGCGUUCCGGAUCAUCCAACACCAUUUUUAAUGUUUCUUAAAAGAGUUAAAACAUUAAAUCAGCUAGAUGCUGGACCUAUUAUUUCACAUUGCAGGUAUGAAAAUACAGUUGACAUAUAUGGGUGUGUUACUGCGUUACGAUCGCAGAGAUCUUAUAUGGUUCAGACUGAGGACCAAUAUAUGUUUAUUCAUGAUGCAGUGCUUGAUGCUGUUCAAUCUGGUUCAACAGAAGUGCCCGCUAAUAAGCUGUACACUCAUAUACAAGCAUUACUGCAAAUUCAGCCCAUUGAUCAAGUGUCUGGAAUGGAAUUAGAAUUCAGGCAUCUGGCGACUUUAAAAAUGUCAAAUUCGCGCUGUGGAAUUGCUAAUUUGCCAAUUAAUCGAGCGAAAAACCGUCUCAUGAACAUGAUCCCUUAUGAUUCUUCUCGAGUCACGCUUCAUGCAAUACCUGGUAUCGAUGGUCGACGUAACGCUUAUAUUGCCACACAAGGACCGUUAUCAAAUACGAUAGAAGAUUUUUGGCGAAUGAUAUGGGAAAAUGCUUCGUCAAUCAUUGUAAUGUUGGUAAAAACACGGGAAGCUGGACGGGAAAAAUGUUGCGAAUAUUGGCCAGAAAAAUCGGCAGCGCAGUUCGAUUUCUUAAUUGUUGAGCCAAUUGCUGAAUAUAAUAUGACUCAAUAUGUUUUAAGAGAAUUUCGGAUUUCUGAUGCUCAGAAUGGACAUAUGCGGACAGUACGACAUUUUCAGUAUAUUGAGUGGCCAGAACAAGGACCUCCAAAAUCAGCUGAAUCGUUCAUUGAUUUCAUUCAUCAAGUGCAUCGGACAAAAACACAGUUUGGUAUUGAUGGUCCUAUAACAGUUCAUUGUUCAACAGGUGCUGGUCGUACUGGUGUAUUUAUAGCAUUGAGUAUUAUAAUAGAUCGAAUGAAGUUAGAGCAUGUAGUGGAUGUAUUUACAACAGUCAAAUUAUUACGGACUGAACGACAAAAUAUGGUACAAGACAAAGAUCAGUAUCAUUUUUGUUAUCAUGCUGCUCUCGAAUUUUUGGCUUCUUAUGAUAAUCCAUAUCAGAUGCAAUAA